AUGAAUAGAGGAGGUCGUCGUGACGUUAAGCGGGAAAAGAGGAGCCGAUCGAGAAGUCCCCGCAGAAAUCGACCAGUCGGCGGUGCGUCGGGAAACGAUAGAAUGGUGUUUAUUACGAAUAUUCCGUAUGAAGUGCGCUGGGUUGAACUGAAAAAUCUUGUCAGAGAGAAGGGAGGAGAGGUGGUGUUCGUCGAGUUGCUUGAAGAUCGCAACGGAAAACCAAAAGGAAACGCCGUUGUUGAGUUUGAAACGAGAGCUUCUGCCGAGAAUUGUGUUACGAAUUUGUCGAAAUUUGAGUUCAAAGGACGCAGUCUUAUCGUGAAAGAAAUCAGGGACCCUGUUGCUUUCUUCCGCGGAAUCAAAAAUGAGACUGGAAUCGAUUAUUUGGCUCGAACCGGAGGCGGUGGUGCGCCGCGAUCCGGAAAAGAGCCUAUUGAACGUGCGGCGAGAAGUGGAACUUAUGAAUUGUUCGGUCUCAACAUGGAUUUCUUGCGUCAGCUCAACAUCGAACCUCCCCUCUGUGAGAGAAUAUUUGUCGCAAACCUCGCUUUCAAUGUUGGAACCGAUAAAAUUUAUGAAGUUUUUGGAAUGGCGGGAAAAAUUACUUGGCUUGAUUUCCGUAUAGACAAGGAAGGAAAAACUAAGGGAGCAUGCGUGAUUCAGUACUCGCAUCCAAUUGAAGCUGUCCAAGCCGUUUCCAUGUUUCAUGGACAGCGUUUGUAUGAUAGAAGCCUCAUUGUGAAGAUGGAUCAGUUUGAAAAAAUUGAAACUGAUAAGAAAGAAGGUGGUUUGCCACGUGGAUUAGAUUCUAUUGGAAUGGGAUUGGGAGCCGACGGAGCUCCUUUGGCGAAUGUUAGUGCCGUUUUUGGUAGCGGAGGUGGAUCUGUUGCAGAACCCUUGCAACCGUUCUCGGCGCCCACAUCAGCUCCCUUCAUGAGCGGCGGAUUCGGCAGUGGUGGUAACGGAAUGAGUGCCAACUCGUUCACCCAAUCUGUUCUUGGAAACCAAUCAUACGGUGGCCCUGCCUUCCCUGCGGACACAUCUGGAUUUGGAGGACAUCCAUCGAGAAUGAUAGUAAUUCGAAAUCUUCCUAAUGAUUAUACUUGGCAAAUCGUUCGUGACAGAGUUCGCCAAUUUGGAGAUGUUGAAGCUGUUGAUAUCGUUAGUCCAGGAGCUGCUCGCGUUCGUUUCAGUAAUAUUCCGGAUGCCGAGCGCGCUCGUACUGCUUUGUUUGGAACAACAGUUGAAGGAAGAGUUAUCAAUGUCGAAUAUGUUUAA